AUGGAUCGAAAUCAAUUUGGGAGUAUUUAGAGUCGCCGUAAGCUGAAUUUAUUUUGAGUAUCUACAACUGUGAAAAUGUUUUCGAAGUUAACUACACAAGUUUUGGAUAGAUCGAAGCAAAUAGAAUAUAUUACAAAAUUAAUGUCAUGCAGAAGAUAUUCUAUGAACUUUGAAGAGCCUAAAGGACCUUGUAUGAUAACCGAGAUCCCUGGACCAAAAAGUAAAGAAUUGAUGAAACAAUUAGAUAAUGUUUACAACAUUGGAGCCACACAAUAUUUGGUUAACUAUGACAAGUCAGCUGGAAACUAUAUCGUCGAUGCAGAUGAGAACAUACUCCUAGACACCUACACACAGAUAUCUACAAUGCCCCUUGGGUACAAUCAUCCAGCAUUGCUCAAUGUUUUUAAAAACGAGCAAAAUUUGAGGAGUCUAAUAAAUAGACCAGCACUAGGUGUUUAUCCAGGUACAGAUUGGCCUAAGCGAAUGGAAAAUAUUCUAAAGCAGGUGUCACCUAAACUUCCGAAAAUCACCCCGAUGAUGUGCGGUGCCUGCUCAAACGAAAACGCAAUUAAAACAGCUUUUAUAGCUUACCGAUCAAGAGAACGAAAUAAUAAAGAUUUUACGGAUGCUGAGAAAAAAUCUAGUAUAUUAAAUCAACCACCAGGAUGUCCUGAUUUAUCUAUUUUAUCGUUUAAGGGUGCUUUCCACGGACGAACUAUUGCCACUUUAUCAUGCACACAUUCUAUGGCUAUACACAAACUGGAUAUUCCAUCUUUCAGUCAAUGGCCUAUAGCUACGUUUCCGAUGUACAAAUAUCCUUUAGAAGACAAUCGUAGGGAAAAUGAAAAGAUUGACGGAAAAUGUCUAGAAGAAGUCGAAGAUCUUAUGGUAAAACAUAAAAGACAUUUUCCAAUAGCAGGUAUCAUAAUCGAACCAAUUCAAUCUGAAGGUGGUGAUAAUCACGCUUCUCCAGAAUUUUUCCAGAACUUACAAAAACUUUGUAAAAAGUACGGAGCUGCACUGAUUAUAGAUGAAGUACAAACUGGUUGUGGACCAACUGGAAAAUUUUGGUGUCACGAACACUUUAACUUACCACAUCCGCCGGAUAUAAUGACAUUCAGUAAAAAAAUGCAAAUGGCCGGAUUCUUCCAUUCGGAUGAAAUUACAGUAAAACUUCCGUCUCGAAUUUUCAAUACGUGGAUGGGUGAUCCUGGAAAAACUAUACUUUUAGAAGCGAUCAUAGAUGUUAUAAAUACACAAAAUCUAUUGGACCAAGUGAAUAAAUCGGGACGAAGGUUAUAUGACGGACUGGAACAGUUACAGAACGAGUUUCCUGAUAUGUUACAUUCCCUUAGGGGUAAAGGUACAUUUAUUGCCAUAAACGCAAAAGGAACCGAUCUGAGGAAUCAAAUUAUCAUGCAGUUGAAGAGGAAUGGUGUUCAAAGCGGUAGUUGUGGAACAGAAGCAAUUCGUCUCAGACCAGCUCUUAUCUUUAAAGAGCAUCACGCUGAUAUUUAUCUUGACAUUAUGCGGAAAGUAAUCAGAGAACUCAGUAAAGAGAGAAAGAGAAAGUAUUAGAUACAAUGAAAUGUUUAUGAAUGAAAUUUGUCCUUGAUAUCUGUUAUCAUUUGAAAUCGAUUUAAAAAUACAGUCCUCGAAAUUUACUUUCGCCGCCGUUACCUAUAGCAACGGGGGGAGGGUUUCUGUUAUUGUAAUAUGUACUAUUGAAAUUUCUAUUAGUAUUAUUAUUACCCCGUUCAUUGUAUCUUAUGUUACUCUUAAAAAUUAUAAAAUCUAUCCCUAUUUUCGCGAAAAUUUUAAGUUCGAUAUGAAGCAGAUUAGCUGAAGACGUGUUGGAAAGAAUUUGGAACUUCUCCAUUUAGCUCCGGAUAUAACAUCUUUUAAUGUGUUAUAAUUUGUAGCUCUUAUUAUUGUUUUUAUAUGUCUCACGAGCCGUUGGUACGAGGAUGUAUUAAUAUCAAGUUAGCCUAGACCAGUUCCAUGCAUAAACAAAAUAUUGUGUUACGUCAAAAAAGUAAACCAGAGUUACGCAAUAAAUUAAAAGAAAAAAGAUGUCCACCGAAAUUGUGAAAAUCGAAAAAUUGGAGUAUCGAGCCAUCAUCAAGUACUUGUAUUUAAAAGGAUUAAGAAGUAAGCAGAUUUAUGAAGUUAUGCUUAAUACCAGUGGUGAUCAAUGUCCUUCGUAUGCGACCGUGAAAACUUGGACUGCAAGCUUCAAAAGAGGUAAAUUUUCCAUUGAAGAUGAUGACCGAACGGAAAGGCCAGUUUCUGUGUCAGUCCCCGAAACACUGAAUAUUUCAUCCGAACGCAUUCAUCAUAUAGUUCACGUCAAUUGGACAUAAGAGAAAUUGCUGCAAAAUGGAUCCCCAAAUGUUUGAAUGUUGACCAAAAGCGUGCAAGGGUAGAAGCAUCGUAUUCGAUCUAUACUCGAUUUGAAAAUGAUGUAGACUUCUUAAAUUAAAUUGUUACUAUGGAUGAGACUUGGGUACAUUUCUACGAUCCAGAAACAAAGCAACAAUCGAUGGAAUGUCGACACUCUGCUGUAAAAGUUCUUGCUUCAGUUUUUUGAGAUUGCCAUAGAGUAAUCACGAUUACUGACCACUCUACCGGAAAAAAUUAAGAGAAAAGACGCGUAAAGCUAUCCAAAGGUAUUUUUUGCAGGACAACGCCUCUGCACACAAAUCUCAUGAAGCCAUGCAAAAAAUUCGUGAUUUGGGAUUUUAAAUUACUAGAGCACCCCCCUUAUUCACCAGAUUUGGCUCCGUUCGACUUUCAUCUCAUUCCUCAACUAAAGAAAAGAGGAGAAUAUGUUGAGUAAUAAAAUAUUUUGACAUUGAAAUUUUGUUUGAUUCUAUAGUAAGCUAAGAAUUUUUCAAUAUAUCCUCGUAAAAACAUUUAUAGCGUGUUUUUCAUUCAAUGACCUAAGAAUAGGUAAAGAAAUAGAUUGUGAUAAGGUUAAAUCGACCUUCAGUAUAUUGAAAAUAACAUUGGAUCUUUUCUUUUCGUGUGAUGAAUAUCAGUUUAAUUUUUUGUAUCCCAAUUAUGCUGAGUAAUUUAUUCCUCAGGUCAAUAGUAAAUCACACUAAACCACUCUUGAAUGUAUUGAUUCUCAGUAAUAAAAAUAUAAUCGAAACUACUGUCUUCCAUAUGGUUCUAUUUUAAAUUAGAUAUAAAAAUUGGUUUCUAUGUACCUAGGUAGUAUUCAAACAUUUACGUUUUAAUUUUUGUAAUUUCUUUGAAUAAGAGAAAAUAUAUGUAUUUUAUAAUGAAGUU